UGGCGGGUCACAUGGCUCCCGGGACAACAUGGCUGCGCCCUCAGUAGGGCCAGCUGGUGGGUGCUACCCCCGGCUCGGUUUCCUUCUAUUGCUGCCGCUGCUCUUGCUGCCCCGCGAGGCGGCUGGGGGCGAAGAGGCCAGUACGGGCCCGGGCGCGGCUUCCCUCGCGGGCUCCUGCGGCUGUGGCACUCCCCAGCGGCGCGGGGACCAUGGCGCCUCGGCGGCGGCGCACCGAUACUCGCGGGAAGCGAACGCCCCCGGCCAGGUCCCGGGAGAGCGGCCGCUCGCGCCCACCAAGAUGGUCCUCAUCCCCGCCGGAGUGUUUACAAUGGGCACAGAUGAUCCUCAGAUAAAGCAAGAUGGGGAAGCACCUGCCAGGAGAGUUGCUAUCGAUGCCUUUUACAUGGAUGCCUAUGAAGUCAGUAAUGCUGAAUUUGAGAAGUUUGUGAACUCAACUGGCUAUUUGACAGAGGCCGAGAAGUUUGGUGACUCCUUUGUCUUUGAAGGCAUGUUGAGUGAGCAAGUGAAGACCGAUAUCCAGCAGGCAGUUGCAGCUGCUCCCUGGUGGUUACCUGUUAAAGGCGCUAACUGGAGACACCCAGAAGGGCCCGACUCUACUGUUCUACACAGGCUUGACCACCCGGUCCUCCACGUCUCCUGGAAUGAUGCUGUUGCCUACUGCACGUGGGCCGGAAAGCGUCUGCCCACGGAAGCUGAGUGGGAGUACAGCUGUCGAGGAGGCCUGCAAAAUAGACUUUUCCCCUGGGGCAACAAACUACAGCCAAAAGGCCAGCAUUAUGCCAACAUUUGGCAGGGCGAGUUUCCUGUGACCAACACCGGGGAGGACGGCUUCCGAGGAACUGCCCCUGUUGACGCCUUUCCUCCCAAUGGUUAUGGCUUAUACAAUAUAGUAGGGAACGCGUGGGAAUGGACUUCAGACUGGUGGACCGUUCACCAUUCUGUUGAAAAAACGAUUAACCCAAAAGGCCCCCCUUCUGGAAAAGACCGGGUAAAGAAAGGUGGAUCCUACAUGUGCCAUAAGUCCUACUGCUACAGGUACCGCUGUGCUGCUCGGAGCCAGAACACGCCGGACAGCUCGGCUUCCAACCUGGGGUUCCGCUGUGCUGCUGACCGUCAGCCCACCACGGGCUAAGAACCGAGAUGAGCCUUCCCAAAUCCAAGAUGUUGUGUCUGACCUGCCCUCGGCUUUCCUCAGAAUGUUGAACAGCCUUGAGUGAAGAAUUCCCACUCUGGGUUCAUACCCGCCCAGUGGCCAAAGGAACCCCUUUGCGAGACCAAAUCGCUGACCUGCGUCAGCCCACGUGCUUUAUUGUGUGGCGCAUUUCUGGGGAUCAUUGCUGUGCUUACUUUGGAGAGUCUUUUAAAGGGGAUGUGGGUAGAGGAGACCCUGAGUGAAACUUUGGAAGGCAUGUGUUCUUCCCUGGCUAUGCCACUGGGGCUAGACCUCAGGGUCCCACACUUGACCUUCCGGAGCCUCGGUGACCUCCUCUGUCCAGUGAGGGGAUGCACGGCAUGACCUCUGAGGCCUUCUCCAGCUCACAGAGUUUAUGCGUAUAUCAGAGUCUAUUGUGGUUUCAUAGUAAGAGUUUAUGACAGAUGAUUUUUUUAGCUAUUUUUUUCCAUGUGUGAACUUGGGUGAUACUAAUCAUGUAAAAUAAGAGGUCCCUUAUGUAUUAUUUUGAGAAAAGGAUGGGAUGGUGGAAGAGGUGGUGGUGAUGAGUCUUUAUAUUCAUACUGCACUUUGUGUUUUCAAGGAAAUCGGUGUCUUUUACAUUGUCAGGAUGAAUCCCACAUGGGCCCCUGGUGGUGUGCUCAAGUUCAGCACUGAACACGCAGGAAUGUCUGUGGGGUGACUCUACCGUGCUUUAUCUUUUAACAUUAAGUGCCUUUGGUCUGGGGGGGUGGUUAGAAGCCCUUCACCCCCCUCUCCCCAAAGCCUUCGGUGAAUGUGAAAUGUGUACUACACAGAAACCUGUUUAAUUCUAGAUGGAGAAGAGGAACAAGAACCUUGAAUGAACUCUAUUCAGGGUGUCCAGUAUUUUAUAAUAGGGAAGUAGGAAAUCUUGUUGAUUGUGGAAUAUCAGAUGCUCUGAAUCAUGCACUAUGUCGAAUAAAUUGGUAUCUGCUCAA